CUAAGCAUGGACUCGGACCCACCAUUCCACAAGGCUUACAAGUCCUUUUUCAACAACGCCAGUACCACCACCACCACUACCAAUGACAACUAUAACAAAGAGAGCAUAGACCAGGAUGUCAUGAAGGUAAUCGUCGAGGAAUGCGAGCUACCACUGAUUGAUAUGCGGCGACUAGAGCUUGGGGACUCCGAGAGAGAGGAGUGCAAGUCGGAGAUAGCUAGGGCAUCGCAGGAGUGGGGAUUUUUUCAGGUUUUGAACCAUGGAGUUUCAAGCGAGCUUUUGCAGAAGAUGAAGAGUGAGCAAGAGAAGGUGUUCAAACAAUCAUUUGACAAGAAAAGCCAAGAACAGAAGUAUUUUAACUUCUCAGCAGGAACUUACCGUUGGGGAAGUCCUAUGGCCACAACCCUGAGACAGUUAUCAUGGUCUGAAGCUUUCCACAUUCCACUCAACAAGGUCUCUCCCUCUUCGACUGCUGGUCUCGACAAUCUCAGCUCAACAAUGGAACAGUUUGCCGCAACAGUUUCUAGUCUGGCACUGAAAUUAGCUGAAAUUUUGGCCGAGAAACUGGGACACAAACCGACGUUCUUCCACGAAAAUUGUAAGCCAAGUACUUGCUAUCUGCGGAUGAACAGAUACCCACCAUGUCCAAUCCCUUCCGAGGUAUUCGGUUUGAUGCCACACACUGACAGUGACUUUCUCACUAUAUUGCAUCAAGACCAGGUUGGGGGUUUGCAAUUGGUUAAAGAUGAUCGAUGGAUCGCAGUCAAGCCUAAUCCAGAAGCUCUGAUAAUCAACAUUGGGGAUUUAUUUCAGGCCUGGAGCAACAAUGUCUACAAGAGUGUUCAACAUCGAGUUGUGACAAAUUUGCAAGUUGAACGAUUCUCCACUGCUUACUUCUUUUGUCCGUCUUAUGAAACCAUGAUAGAGAGUUGCUGCGAGCCUUCAGUUUAUAGAAAAUUCAGCUUUGGGGAAUAUCGACAUCAAGUCCAAGAGGAUGUUAAACAAAUGGGUUCUAAAAUUGGCCUUCCUAGGUUUCUUGUAUAAUUAGUCACUACUACACAUGAAUUUUAAUUGCUAGCUAGUACAAUUAGGAUAUGUGCGUCUAUAUCUACGUGGGGGAAUGGAAGGGGUAUGAAAAUCAGAUUGUCUAAGCCUAGGUUCAUGUUGAAAAAUGAAGGGUGAUGGUG